AUGGAGUCUCUGGAGCACCUCCCCCAGGAGGCGGUACCACCCACGCGGGACAACCCCUACGGAGGUCAAGAGGCCAGGAACAUGGCAUACGCACGAACGAGAAGCUCGCAAGGGCAAGGGGGGCACGCGUUCCUGAGAGCGGCUCCCACCGACCGAGCUCGAGAGAUUCCAUCGAACGAAUUCGUCUACGCGACGAGACGCGCCUUGGGAGUUGAAGAAUUCUUGGCGGAAAGAUGUCCCAGGUGCCACAGAGGCAGGGAAGGCGAGAUCAUCACAACGGUGCACGCAAGGACCUGUCCAAGGGAUGGAGCACAGGUCAACAUGCACGAGCCGUUAAAGUACACACUAUCGAGAGCACUCAACGGCCUUCGCGUCAAACACGACGUUGAAAGCGGGGCACCGUUCACGGGGGAAAGAAACCUGAGCAUGGACAUCGUCAUCAGGCCAGGAGCCCUCACGAACGCAUCUUCUCCGGGGUACCGCAACAAAGGAAUACUCCUCGAUGUCACACACGCAGACCCGCAAGCACAGGUACACUUGCGGAACGGCAGCGCGACCAGCGAUGGAAUCGCAGCCCAAGCAUCCGAGGCGCGAAAGCGUCAGCACUACGCUCGUCCGGGACACGUGUCCUUUGACGAACGCAGCUUUAAACUUACCACCUUAGCCGUGGAAAGCUUUGGCCGCCUUGGAGAGGAGGGUUACGAGUUCAUCGAUGAACUUGCGACACAUGCCGUGGGAGGAAGGGACGGAGGAACGAUGGCUCUGAAAGGAGUCUUCAAGGAACGACUUCUUCAGAUCGUUUCGGUGGCUACACAGGUGGCCAUAUCUCGGCGAGUGCAGAGGUACAAGCUCGCAUUGCGCGGGCGUCAAGACGCCGAAAACAGGCGAACAAGAUCGACCUCGGACCAGUCAACGCCAAUGAUAUGGGGAUGGAGUGUAGACGCAUCGUAGAACGCGUUUUCGUUUGAAGUUGGCGUCUUGAUUGAGAGUAGAUGUGACAGAUUUGCGUAAAAUAGGGUAGGAUGUUAUCAUGAACGGAGAAGAAAGGGCUUUCCAACACGGAGAUGUAGUAUGGAUCAAAGCAUUUGUUGGAUUUCAGCUUUUACAAGCGGACAUCAACGCAGUAGUAUUUUAGCAAGCUUACGAACGCAUAUAGGAUACCAUCAGGAUUGUCAUUGGUUUUAUUUCAAGUUGAAGAGGAGAUACUUUUACGAUGUAAAUGACAGUAGAAAUAAGUCCUACAUAUGUUGUUGUACUUCGUAUUGGUUUAAUAUUCAUGUAGAGUAUGAGACAUUAAGUGAAAGUUUUCUGAGGUACAUCUGCAAUUGUCGGAAGGCAAAAAAAGAAA